AUUUGUAAAAAUGGGAGGGAAAAGAAACACAGAGGUCCAUAUAAAGAGACAGCAAGUGAGAGGGAGGGAUAAGUGAAUGUCUGUACACUUUGUUGAAGGAGUUGAAGAUUCAGGGGACACUGGAGAAACUCCAAAACUGUUUGGAAAGAGGGCAGAGGAGUACAGCAGAGAGAAAGAAGCAAGAUGUUUUGUUGUCGAGGAGGCGGGUUUAGGGUACGGUCCUGGUUUACUCUGAUAUCUGGGUUAGUGGAGUGUUUGGGGUUUGCAGGGGCUGUUUUCGGCUGGGCAUCAUUGGUUUUUGUCCUCAAGACUGAAGGCUACUUCAGGAGUUUAUGUGUGAAUGUCACAAUAAAUGGAACUGCUGUUGAAGAUUGCAGUAGACAAGAUGAGCAGCUCUCACUCAUCUUCACCGUCGCAUCCUUCAUGAACAACUUCCUCACGCUGCCAAAUGGCUUCCUGUUUGACCAUUUUGGUACUACAGUUGCCAGGCUACUGGGAAUAUCAGUUUACACUGCAGGAAUGUUGUUAAUAGCCUUUUCCAGUCCUGUGAACUCCGUCCUCCUCUUCCCUGCUCUGUCCUUCAUUGCUGUGGGAGGAAUUCUGUUCUUGGUGACCAACAUACAGGUGGGGAAUCUCUUUGGCACUCACCGUUCCACUAUAAUCACACUGUAUAAUGGAGCCUUUGACUCUUCCUCUGCAGUUUUCCUCAUCAUCAAGUUGCUGUAUGAGGAUGGAGUCUCUCUGCAAGGGUCUUUCCUCUUCUUGGCCUGCUGCAGUGUCAUUCAUCUGUUCCGGACAUUUGUGCUGAUGCCGCGUAAACAUAUCCCAUACCCGCUUCCGGAGAACUACACCUAUGGGAUGAAUUGUGGUAGGACUCAGGAUUAUGCAGUUGCAAAUGUCGAAGAGAAAAACAUCCAAAAAUCCCAGGCUGAGGAGGAAAUGCCAUUUAAAGAGACUUCUCCUCAAGGCCAAAACACAGUCAAAAUGGAGCGUAGUUUCAAGAGCUGUUUGCGUUCCUGGUUCUUCUUCUGGCAUCUGCUGUGGCUUUCAGUGAUGCAGUUGAGACACUACUUGUUCAUCGGGACCUUAAACCCGAUGCUGAAUCAUCUGGCUGCUGGAGACCCAGGCCUUGUCAGUAGAUACACAAAUGCGUUUGCAUUUACUCAGCUGUGUGGGAUACUGUGUGCUCCCUGGAAUGGCCUUAUCAUGGACCGCCAAAAAGGAAAGCAACGAGAACCAGGACAAAGUGAACGAGAGGCAGACUUGAAGCCAGCCAUAUUGUCUCUGUCGCUGACGGCGCUGCAGUGUGUGUUGUUUUCAGUGUGUGCCGCUACCCCUAUCCUUCCUCUGCAGUACCUCACCUUCAUCUUGCAAGUCCUCAACAGAUCUUUCCUCUAUGGAGGAAAUGCUGCUUUCAUCAGUGUGGCGUUUCCAUCUGAACACUUCGGAAAGCUAUUUGGAAUGGUGAUGGCUCUCUCAGCUGUCUUCUCACUGCUCCAGUAUCCCUGCUUUACCCUCAUUAAAGGACCACUGGGUGGAGACCCUUUUUAUGUGAACAUCGGGCUGACCGUUCUAAGUCUCCUGGCCUUCAUCAACCCUCUUUAUGUGUACCUGCACUGUCGGCGUCAAGCAGCCCAGCGAGCAAGUGCCAACAAAAGUGCCUCUUCAUAAGCCCUCUAGGCAAAGGGAAUAUAAAUCUGACCUAUGACUUUUAAAACUGGUUUCUAUUUCUUAUUAGUUUUUCUUUACAAAACUACACAAAAAUGUAUAGUGAAAAGAAAUAUUUUACUAACCUUUCAGUGCCCUGUUUUGCAGAGGUUGACUCUUGACCCUGUGAUGGUAUGUGGUGUGUUAUCUCUGCUGAUCAUAGAAGGAAAUUGACCGCUUCCCCACCCUCUUUGCUAUUUUUUUUAUGCACGUUAGUUACUGGAUCUUGCAAAAAGGAGCAAGCUUUGUGACCAUGAACAUUACACUAAGAAAAUAUCAGAUGAAAAAUGGGGAAGGCACUGGUUAUCUUCCACUAUCCAGUGUACAACUGUUGAAUAGAAAACAUGUUUUGUUGCAAAUAAUCAUAAUAAUAAUAUAUUAUAACUUUGCAACAAAAACAUGUUUUCUCUUAUAUAUGUAUAAUAUAUUAUACAUUUUACAUGCUCAUUGGUUGAAGUAGCCCUCUGCUGGACACUGUGUGAAACACAUCCUCCUCGGUGCUUCUAAUGAAGUAGCUAUUAUUUAGUCUGCUCACUGUAAGAUCUCUUUUACAAAAUAUAUCAGUAUUACUUCAAAUAAAGGGAAUUUUUUAUAAGA